AUAUCGCUCAGGGAGGAGCAGGAUGAGGAUCCUUUCACUGCUUCUGCUGGUUGAAGCUGCAGCCUCGGCAAUGUGGUUUGAUUCCAGCACACAUGCUCGGGAGGGUCUCUUGUCGCGUUCCAAAAGACGAUGGGUCUUGUCGACAAUCGAACUGGUGGAGGAAAAAGAGGAAGUCUACCCAGUCAUUAUUUCAACGAUGUUUAACGACAAGACUCCGGGGAAAAACUUCAGGUUCCAAAUAAGCGGGGAUGGAGUGAACGAGGGUAUUUUCAGUAUAAAUGAAACAAGUGGAGACGUCUACGCACACGAGGCUGUCGACAGAGAGACAAAAGAAACAUACCACAUUAAAUUUGAAGUCUUGGAAAGAGAAACUGGCAUUCCAAUUGACAAAGAACUAUCCUUCGAUAUUGACGUAGUCGACAUAAAUGACAACGCACCUAAGUUUCAAAACCCAGAAAUCGAAGUCGACGUGAAGGAAAACAUGCCAGAGGGAUAUUUGCCAGUGCAGCUGUAUGCAUCAGACAUUGAUGAGGUCAACACACCCAACUCUGAAUUUAGCAUCAAAGUGCAUUCACAAACACCUCUGGAGCCAAAGAUCGAGGCGGAUCAGCUCCAUGGCAAAAUGGCCCAACUCGCCUUCACAGGAUGUUUUGACUACGAUAAACAAAAGAAAUAUGAAAUUAUCAUUGAAGCAAAAGAUCACGGAAAGCCACAACUUUCCUCCACUGCUCUUGCUAUCAUUAAUAUUAAGGACUCUAACACUCACGCGCCAACAUUCAAAGAAAGGAAGUACAAGGGCGAGGCCCAGGAAAUGAUGGCCAAAGAUGAUAUUCUGAGAGUGUCAGUAGAAGACAAAGACACCCCAAACACUGACGGCUGGCGAGCCAAGUACUUCUUCAUCAGCGGGAACGAGGACGGGGCGUUCAAAAUUGAAACUGAUCCAGUAACCAAUGAAGGCAUUCUGAGUGUUGUCACGGGGAAGAAUUAUCAACAAACAAGUCUGGAAAACCUGGAGAUUGGAGUAGAAAACGUUGAGCCCUUAUUUAUUUGCAAAGAUGGAAAACCAGUCAGUACACAGAUGCUUCCAAAAGCAGAUUCGGUCACGAUUGAAAUGACGAUGAUCGAUUCCAACGACCCACCGUCAUUCAAGAGAGAGACGUACCACGUGUACGUUCAGGAGGAAGAGGAACCUGGACAACUGCUGUUCACUCCAGAGGUUCACGAUGAGGACUCCACAAACAUCAGAUAUGAGCUGUUCGAUGAUCCUGCUGGAUGGGUGACCGUUGAUAAGGCAACUGGCAAAAUCACAACAAUCAAGAGGAUGGACAGGGAGUCCCCCUUUGUCAACGAAAACAACGUCUACCCAGUUGUCAUUGCAGCCAUUGACGAUGGUGAGCCUCCGGGCACGGCUACGUGCACGGUCCAGAUUCACCUGAAGGAUAUCAAUGACAACAAGCCCCAGCUGGUCAACGACACCAUCAUCCUGUGUGGGAACAAGGAUAACAAAGUCAUGGUGCCUGCCGAGGACGCAGACCAAUCUCCUUACAGCGGGCCGUUCACCUUCACCAUCGGGGACGAAGCCCUGAAAGAGACCUGGAAACUAAGCCCUUCCUUCGGGAUGGCGUGCGGCCUCAUCAGCUUGAAGGAGCUUGCUUACGGUAACUACACCAUACCCCUGCUCAUUCAAGACCAGCAGAACCAAGCCGGAGAACGGACUCUGAACGUCAUGUUGUGUGAAUGUGGAGAAAACAACGUCUGUCGUAGCAAACUGCCAGUCACAACCAGUCUUGGACCUGCUGCCAUCGGACUGCUUUGUGCAGGACUGCUUUUGUUUUUGUUACUGCUACUUGUUUUCAAGUGUGACGCUGGAAAGAAGACAUUUGAAUACAUGGAAGUUGACGAAGGCAACCAGACUCUCAUCAAGUACAACCAGGAGGGAGGCGGCGCCGCAUGCAAGGCUGAACCCACUCUGAUUCGGACACCCAUAAGUGACGUGAAUGUGACGGAGGGAAUCAAGCAGGCCACCAUACGGACGACUGAGGCGGCCCAGGGAAUGACUGAGGUCGACGGGUACAACUCUGAGUUUACCACACUCAACUUGCAAUCAAUGGGCGCAUAUAAUCAAAGAGAUACUUUCAGAAGCCACAACAGCCAACAGAUGCACGGCAUGUACUCCACAUGGGGCACUUCCAGGACCUCCAGGACCUACAAUCAGGGCGGCUCGUCACAGUAUCGCCGCUCUCUCAGCCUGCAGUCCAAUCAACAGGUGGCAGAUCAAAUUGAAAGGAGACUUUAUUUGGUGGAUGGAGUCAAAGGAGAAGUGUCCGUGGAUCGAUUCUCCAAGUUCGCCUACGAGGGCCAAGGCAGCAGGUGCCAGUCGCUGGACGAGCUGUCGCUCGUCAACCUGGACGACGACCUGCAGUUUCUGGAUGAUUUGGGAUCAAAGUUCAAGACCCUUGGAAAGAUCUGCCAAGAGACAGUUAAGGAAAAAAACAUACAAGUUUAAACCCACCACUGGAAUGUACGUAUGCUUUCUAAAUUGUCAUGUCGUUUUGCAUGCGCCUAAAUUCUGGAGCAACGAGUUUUGAAUUACCGCUAGUUUAUCUGGAUAAAAAAAAAAAAAAAAAGAGUAACUUCAACAUCAACACUGAAACAGCUCUGUUAUAUAAGUCCAACGGUUGACUGCAAUAGUGCAGAUGCAGCAGGUACUUCACCACACCACCAGCUUGCAGUAGAGCCCCUAUUGUGAGGGAAUACUAAGCUAAGCAUAUAUUUCAAGUGUGGCGUUCAGUAGUUGUAAAACGUGAUACUAGGAUUUUGUGAGAAGGGAAAACACGCUUAAGAUUCCUACAAACAUUUCACCCAAAAGAAGAUUAGAAGGUGAAACAGAAGCUGCUCAAAUAACAACCUCCAGCUCCACAAAUUAUCAGUUUGAAAUAAAGAAAUAAAAUUACUGUAUAAAAUAAUGCACUGUCCUCGAUGGCUACACUGUGUCAUUGAUAAAAGGUCAAGGAUAUUAUCAAAUUUGGAAUAUGUUCUAUUCUCCAAGCUGAGGCUAUUACAUUUACCAAACUGUCCUCUGAACAAUGAUGGAGGUCGCAAAUGUUUAAACAAACUACUUAGAAUUUAUUUUUUUUUUAAAAAACAUAGUCAAUAUUAGUUUCUAUCAUGAGCAUUUCUUAAUUACAGAACUGCAAAAACAAAAAAAAAAAAAAGAGGAAUGUAGUUUUCUUUAUUAUUAAUUACUUUUUGUAUGAAGUAUGACAUAUUAUUUUAUGGGAAUGUUGUAUCAGGGAAAUAUACCAGAGCGGGUCUCUGCGAUCUGCCUCUUCCUACAGGUCAAAGAUCAAUCUUUCAGGCGUGGGUAGAAAAGAAAUACGUGUUUGUGUAAGAAGAGCACAAUGCAGCUUUAGACCGUUUCCAUUUCGCAGCGCUGCGAAUGCAAUUCUUCACAGAUCCCGUGUGAACGGCACACACAACCACCAAAACUAACAAUAACAGAAAACUAAUUAGUGGUUUCAGUGUUAUGCAACCAGACUUGCUGCAGUUAUCAACAACAACAUUGUUUGAUACAGUUGGGAAUGUUUUUAUUCAACUGAUUGAUUGAUGAAAAUGACUUCAUUGGAAUUGGCCCAGAGGAACUGACUCAACUUUUGGACUCAUCUGACAAGAUUAAUGGAGAGGUAACAACCUACACAAGCUGGAUUGUCUUUCUUUCUUUCUUUUCUUUUUUUUUUUGUUAGCUUUUCUGUGACA